UCAAGUUUUCUUUAAGAAUAAUUUUUUAUUAAUUACACACUUGCUAAAGUUAUCUAACUGCAGAAAAAGGAUAAAUAUAUUAAAAAACUUAUUAAAUUGUUCAAAAUAUCAAUUUUUUAAUUAUUUGUUCUAAAAGAAAGUUAAUAAAUUUCGACAAAAACAAAAAAAAAAAACAGCAAAAUGAAUUUUCAUGUACCAAAUUUUAAUAUGAAAAAUUUGGUUAAAGAGGCAGGCAGUACAUUUUCCAGAGUAGUGCAGCUUACCGAAGAACGUUUAGGUACAACCGAACGCACAGAAUAUGAUUCAGAAUUUCAAAAUUUGGCCGAACGUGCCGAUGUCACUAAAACUUGGACAGAGAAAAUUGUCAAGGAUGUUGAAUCGGUAUUGGUGCCAAAUCCUCAAAAUCGUGUAGAGGAUUUUAUUUUUGAGAAAAUUGAUAAAUCGAAACCACAACGCUUGAGUAAUCUGGAAUAUUUGGCUUUGGAUAUGCUGGAGGCUGGUGCCGACUUUGGUCAAGAUUUACCCUAUGGUCAGGCUUUAAUUAAAGUCGGCCAGGCUGAGCAGCGAUUGGGUAAAUGUGAAAGAGAUUUUAUUGCUUCGUCCAGCAUAUGUUUUACCACACCAUUGCGUAAGUUUUUGGAUGGUGAAAUGAAAACAAUAACCAAGGAGAGGGGUGUAUUGGAAACAAAGCGGCUUGAUUUGGAUGCCUGCAAAAAACGUGUCACCAAGGCUCGCAGUAUGUUGGGGCAACAGACGAAAGACGGUGUUACACCAGAAGCUGUUUUAGAACAGGCUGAACGUGAUUUGCGUGUGGCUCAGUCUGAAUUUGAUCGUCAAUCGGAAAUUACUAAAUCCUUAUUGGAGGGCAUUAAUACUUCUCAAGCAUCACACUUAAGACAUUUGCAUGCCUUUAUUGAAAAUCAAGUACGUUACUAUAAACAAUGUACCGAUGUUAUGGAUCAAUUACAAUUGGAUUUGGCCAAACUUAAGCCAGAAAAGCCGCGUCUACGCAUUAAUAGUGAAGAUAUAGAUACAGGGCCUCCCAAUGCAAACCAAAACAUUCAAAAUUCAACUAUUAUUAAUAACACCAAUAUGAAUAUGAAUACCAAUAUCAAUACGAAUACGAAUACUACUAAUCAACCAACACAAUUUAGUAAUAACAAAAUUGUAACAGUUGCUGUGGCUGCCUCAGAAACUGCCAAUGCUGCAAAAUCUUUAGCUUCUUAUUGUCAAUACGAUAGUGUAGAUCUAGAUAAUUUAGAAUCGUUAGAUAUAACAACAUCAACAACGAAUCCUUUUAAUACCUCCACGGUGGCUAGCCAUGAUAAAAAUACCUCAAAAAUUUUAGAUGAAUGUGAUUUAAAAUAUGAUACUACAGCUAUAACAUCUAUAUAAGUAGAGAUGUUUUUUUAAUAGAAUUUAGUUAUCUUGUUGUCUUUCUAAAAAGGAUGAUAUUAAGUUUUUCAAAUAAUUGUUGAAUCAAAUUUUUAGUUAUUAUUUAAUAAAUUUAUAAUUAAAUAUCUUUAUACGUAGAGUAGGCGCACUGUUUGUUUAAAAUAUCGUUGGGGAGGUAAAUUGUAUUGUGAUGGAGAGGAAAGUAUUAAAAUCGUUUUCCAUAGUUCAUUUCUGUUUUGGUUUAUUUUAGUUCUAGUUCAAUUCUAGUUCAGUUGUAGUUUAGCUGUAGUUUAGUUCUAGUUCAGUUC